AUGAGAUUUCUUAUAGCUGAGCAGUUCAACGCACUGGCCGGCGGCGUAAUUCAAGUAUCAGACGCAAUGUGCGUGAUGCUGCUACUUCUGCCGCUGUUGCUACCCCCACUACAGCUGCUGGGGAUUAACGGCGCAGUGCUUCCAACUCAGCAGAGGUAAGCCGCACGACGUAAGCCUCGCACAAUAUAAGAAUAAUGCGGAACUUCACAUACUUCAGUGUUUAUAACUUUU